CGUUCAGCCAAUCGCCGCUGAAGUUUGCAGGAGAGGGACUUCCGUUUCCACCAAUGCCGGAGGUUCUUGUUCUGCAGGUCUGGAGUCCGCCAGGAGCUACGGCCGGAAGAUGGCGGCGGCCGCAGAGUUGUCGCUACUGGAGAAGUCCCUGGGACUGAGUAAAGGGAAUAAAUACAGUGCUCAGGGCGAGCGACAGAUUCCAGUUCUUCAGACAAACAAUGGUCCAAGUCUAACAGGAUUGACUACUAUAGCAGCUCAUCUAGUCAAGCAAGCCAACAAAGAAUAUUUGCUGGGGAGUACUGCAGAAGAAAAAGCAAUCGUUCAGCAGUGGUUAGAAUACAGGGUCACUCAAGUAGAUGGACACUCCAGUAAAAAUGACAUCCACACACUGUUGAAGGAUCUUAAUUCAUAUCUUGAAGAUAAAGUCUACCUUACCGGGUAUAACUUUACAUUAGCAGAUAUCCUAUUGUACUAUGGACUUCAUCGCUUUAUAGUUGACCUGACAGUUCAAGAAAAGGAGAAAUAUCUUAAUGUGUCUCGCUGGUUUUGUCACAUUCAGCAUUAUCCAGGCAUCAGGCAACAUCUGUCUAGUGUUGUCUUCAUCAAGAACAGACUAUAUACUAAUUCCCACUAGAAGCUGUCCAUGCCAUACAGAAGAUCUAGUAAAAACGUUUUAAAUGGAAAAUGUACUCUGGACCACAGGACUAAUGUAAAUUAAUAUACAGCCAUUCAUUAUUUGUUGAAGUUGAUAGAAUUUUUGAAGUGUAAACUUGUGUCUGAAUGUUUUAUUUGUUCUUUAGUUGAAGUUUUGCAAUUUUUAUGUCAAAAUUCAAUUGCUAUUAAACAAGUUGAGAUCAAGUUAUAAAUUAACCUUGUUUUUAAUAGAUGACAUGUAUUUCAAUAAAAGUUGCAAAUCAGGCUUAAUCUUAAAA